GCAUCUUGCCAAUUCAUCUUCAACAACCGUCAUGGGCGCUGAAAACCUUCCAGAGACCAUGCUUGCAUGCCAGGUCGUAGAAGUGAAUAAUCUUCCAAUAACUCCUCUACUCCGCCCUCAUAACUCACUGGCUCGCAGUACAACAAGCCCUACAAAAUCCAGCACGUCCCCGUCCCUCGCGCCCUCGGCCCGCACGAUCUGCUCGUCAAAGUCGCCGUCGCCUCUCUCUGCCACACCGACAGCAUGGUAGCGGCCGGCACCUUCAAAACGGCGCUGCCAUGCACGGCCUCGCACGAGGGCGCCGGCACCAUCGUCGCCACUGGCUCAGCCGUGUCUGAGUUCUCCGAGGGCGAUCGCGUCAUGUGCGGCCUGCCUCUGCAUCCUUGCGGCAUCUGUGAUGACUGCAACGGUCCGGAGGAGCAUAGACAGUACUGCACGCGCGGCGAUGGCGUCAUCGGCGUGCAGACUCAUGGCGCGUUUUCUGAGUAUGUCCUCGUUGAUUCACGCACAGGUACCGUGAAGCUGCCUGACAGCGUGAGCUUCGAAACUGCGGCGCCGUUGGCGUGCGCGGGCAUCACUGUCUUCCGUGCCCUGUUGCAGACAGGACUGAAGACGGGGGAAUGGCUGUGCCUUGUAGGUGCAGGGGGCGGCUUGGGACAUCGCGGGAUUCAGUUUGCCAAAGCAAUGGGGCUGAAAGUGGUGGGUAUCGAUGCGAGAGACCUGGGAUUAGCAUUGGCGAAAGAGACGGGUGUGGACGUGGUAGUCGACGCGCGCAAGGGCAAAGAAGCGGCUGCGGAAGAAGUCCAGAAAGUAACGGGUGGAGGAGGUGCCGACGCAACGGUCAACCUGUCCGAUGCGAAAGGUGCUGCCGCGUUGGCGUGCGCAGUGACUAAAAUGCAUGGGCUUGUCGUGCAAAUUGCUCAACCUGAUGAGAUUAGCGUCCCAUUUAAGGAAACCAUCUUUAGAGAUAUCCGCAUCCAUGGCUCGCUCACCAGCUCCCCCGCGCAGGCAGCCCAAAUGAUUGACGCCGUAGCCAAGCACCGUAUCUCCGUUACGACGAACCCAGUUUACGGCCUAGAAGCGAUUCCCCAGCUCGUCGAGCUGUCACACGGCGGCAGGUUGCGGGGCAAAGGAAUCGUCAUUGUGGACCGGGCCCAAGUCGACGCGGAAAAGGAAAAAGGCGUGGAGUUGGUGUAAGAAAUAUGCCGUAUAUACGGCGGGAUAGGCGGU